AGUGACGUAUCCGUGCGCUUCUGUCGUGCAGUGAAAGCUCUUUUUUACUUCAUUUUAAACGCUGAAUCAUGAGUGUGUUGUCCUUCAUCAGAGGCUCUGUUUUCUCCGGCCGCUGUUUCCUUUUUUACACUAAAAUUCCACCCCCCAGCGGCCCGGGGGAGCAGAGGAGCUACACGGAGGACACGGCCCGGUGCCCGCACGGCCGGGGGCAGUCCGUGUGCUACCCGCUGUCUCACCGGGCCCUGGUGCACCUCCACGGGCAGGACACCGGGCCGUUUCUGCAGGGCAUCAUCACUAACGACGUGCGCGUGCUGGAGGAGCCGGAGCGGUCGGUGCUGUACGCGCACAUGUUAAACGUUCAGGGCCGGACUCUGUAUGACGUCAUGCUAUACAGUCAGAAAGAAGCAGAUGCUCCGUGUGGUGUUCUCUUGGAGUGUGACCGCACUAUUACAGACUCCGUCUUGAGACAUUUGAAGGUGUAUAAAAUCCGCCGUAAAGUCAGCAUCCAGCCGUGUCCUGAGCUCUCCGUUUGGGCCGUGUUACCUGGGCACUGUAAGCCCGAGCUCCUGCGUCCAGAGAAGGCUGUGGUGAUGGGAGCUGACCCUAGAGCGGAGCAGAUGGGCUGGAGGCUGGUGCUGGACAAUCGUGACGACCCCCAGAAUGUCAUGGCUUCAUGUCACAAAGGAGAUGUCCACGAGUAUCACAAGCACAGAUACACAAUAGGUUCUGCAGAGGGAGUGAGGGACCUACCCCCUGGCACAGCGUUACCUCUAGAAUCCAAUCUGGUCUUCAUGAACGGCAUCAGCUUCAAUAAGGGCUGUUACAUCGGACAGGAGCUCACCGCUAGGACGCACCACAUGGGGGUAAUCCGCAAAAGACUUAUGCCAUUUCGACUGUCCCCACCAUUUACUGCCCAAAACCUAAAGGAAGGAGCCCCACUGCACACCCAGGGGGGGAAGCCAGCUGAGCACCGAACGGGGCUGGGGGAUAUGGGCCUAGGCCUAGUUCGGACAGCUCACGCCAAAGAAGAGCUGGAGGUGAAAACGAGCGACAAUGACACAGUGACGCUAAAGGUGUCUGUGCCAGAGUGGUGGCCCAAAGAUGCAAAGCUCAACUGACUAAAACUGUUCAAGAUUUUCACAAAAUGACAGUUAUGUAAAGCAUCACAUUACAUCACAACUUCCUAUUGUAUUGUCAGUAGUAUUGUAUACAGAUGACGUGCAGCCACAGACUGUAUAUAUAGCUAACCUGCUAGCCACCACCUUCCAAGUAGGAAGUGACCGUGGGCGCGCUUUUGGCUCCAAUUCACUUCACAUUGAAAAACUAUGACAGCAGCAAUUACAGAGAGAGGGCCAGACUCGUCUUAAAUGUUCUUAUUAACCCUCUCUACAUGAUCCUGGGUUUUUUAUUUCACUACAAAUCAAGCGCCUUCUUUCCCAAAGGUCCUGCUAGUGUUAGCAACAGGUUUGAUUGACAGUGUUGUUAAGUGUCCAGUCCCUGCUAAACCAGUGGUGCGGGUGGAAAUUGGCUCUUUGGCUGCUCUUAUACUUGUGGUCAGAAUUCCAAAUAAGGAGCUGGGCUCCAGAUUGGCCCCCUAUAACU